CCAAAUUUCUCUCGACAAGACAUCCUCUCCUCACCGACGAAUCGACUCUCUAUCUUCCUAUCUUGAUCCUUACUCUACUUAUAUCGCUUCUACUUUCCACCUUCGAACUUGAAUUUCUUUUGACAGCGACUUCUUCACUCUACAUAAAAUACCGACAACAAACAUCUUUCUUGCCCUCUUGCGUCUCUUAACCACCACACUUCGAACAAGAUCGAGGUUACCAAGUCCACCCAUAUUGGAGACAGCUCAUCCGGCAACUCCUCUCUGGAACAUUUGGCCAAGAACAAUGUCCUCCCAAAGUGUCAACCCUUACGGUUAUUACCUACCGUCUAAAGCGAUAGCUAUCACUGGAGCAUUUGUAUUUCUUUUGCUUAGCAUUCUUCAUGCGUGGAAGAUAUUUCAAUUCAAAAAAUGGUUCGGCUUCGCCAAUGUGCUGGGUGGUCUGUUUGAAGCAGUCGGUCUUGCUGCCCGCGCUUACUCCCGCGACAACUUAGAAAAGAAGACGCCCUUCGUCAUUCAAGUCCUCCUCAUCCUACUCGCGCCGAUCCUCUUCGCUGCGGCAGUUUACAUGUUCCUCGGCCGCCUCAUCCGUGCAUCCGGUCAUGAAAAGCUCUCCAUAAUCAACGUUGGAUGGUUGACGAAGAUAUUCGUCGUUGGAGAUAUAUUCUGCUUUUUUAUUCAAGCAGCGGGUGCGGGCAAGUUAAUUAAUGCGGAGACUUCUAGCUCUAUUUCGACAGCGGAAAACAUAAUUCUUGGGGGCUUGGGGCUACAGAUUCUGUUUUUCUGUUUCUUUGUCCUCUGCGCAGCUAUUUUCCACAUUCGAGUUUCGAAGCAGGUGGCCAAGUGUAUUGACCCAGCAUUACGCCUCAUACCGAUGCUUUGGUCUCUAUACUUUUGCAGUCUCCUUAUCACUGUUCGAAAUAUCUUUCGUCUCGCAGAGUAUCGAUCUGGGACGGGCGGGUAUUUACAGACACAUGAGUGGCCGAUGUACGGCCUUGAUGUCGCUCUCAUGGCAUUACUCAUGGUUGUAAGCUUUUUCUGGUACUCCAAACCAAAUACUUCAGAGCCUUCGGAUCAAUACUCUUUGACAAGGUUGUAAGGAAGCAUCUGCAACCCAAAGUGUGAUGGGAAGGUGAUAUUUUGGUCGGAUUUGGCAUGUCGAGUAUGGAUAUUCGUGGAAAGUAUUGAUUAAGGUAUGGAGGAGAGGGGUUAAGAAAAAGCAGAACAAGGGCUUUUUGUAGAAUUUAUCACUUUUCUCAACAAACAUCGUCUUCUUGAUGUAGUCUUUGCAGUUAACUCUGCCCAAUUUUAAACAGUAUUCUAUAA